ACAUGUUAAGACACAUUCUUCAUUACUUCUUUUUCCAGGUCUUUGCAAAUCCUUGCAGCGCCGAAGCCACGAACCAGUUAACCAUGGCGACGAAGCUCAAACUUCGGAAUUCCUUAUCUUUCUCUCUCCUCUUUUUUCUUUCUUUUUUUCUUGGAUCAUUCUCAGCGCUCACACAUCAUGACCUCCAUAUCACAAAUGCUGAACGCAGAAUCGAUUUGACUUCUCACAUCAUCAAGGUGUUCUUUACUCUAAAGGUUGAAAACAAAGGUAUAUCUCCCGUGUCAGAAGUCGACCUGGCUUUUUCUCCAGUUCAGGUUGAUCAUCUGGCAUUGUUGAAAGCAGCUGUACCCGGGGGAAAGAAAAAGAGGAAAACGUACACAUCUCUUGAUAUCAAUCCAAAGCUACCUGAUGGGCCGAAUGGAACAAAAUAUUUUUCGAUCAUUUUGCUCAAUCCCAUGAAGGCAGGUGAAGCUGUAACUCUUGAGGUCCUGUACAUAUUAACGCAAUCUCUUGAGCCAUUCCCGUCAGAAAUUAGCCAAUCAGAAUCUCAGCUGGUUUAUUAUCGUGAUAGUGCAAUCAUAUUGUCGCCAUAUCCUAUUGAACAACAAACAACUUUUAUAAGGACUUCAAAUACUAGAGUGGAAUCAUUUACAAAUGUGGAGCCCACCAACCGUGCUGGUCUUGAGUUGAAAUAUGGACCAUAUAAUGAUCAGCCUCCACACUCAUUUUCACCCAUUAUUGUACACUUUGAAAACAACAAUCCUUUUAUUGUUGUUGAGGAACUUGUACGGGAAAUUGAGAUCUCACACUGGGGCAGCGUACAAGUUAGGGAGCAUUACAAAUUAGCUCAUGCUGGCGCUCGUUUAAAAGGUGCUUUUUCCAGGGUGGAGUAUCAGUCUAGACCUUCCAUAAGUGGUAUUGCUUCGUUUAAGCAACUUCUUGCGAGGCUACCACCUCGAGUUCACUCCGUUUACUACAGAGAUGAAAUAGGAAAUAUCUCAUCAUCACAUUUACGUCUGGACUCGAAAAAGUCAGAACUGGAAAUAGAGCCUCGAUAUCCUUUAUUUGGUGGUUGGAGAGCAUCUUUUGUCAUUGGAUAUAGUGUACCUUUGGAAGAUUUCCUUUAUGAGUCAACUGAUGGCCUCAGGCGUUAUUUGAACUUCACUUUUGGAUGCCCUAUGACAGAUACGGUUGUGAAUGAGUUAACCAUUAAGGUGGCUCUGCCAGAAGGGUCUAAAAAUCCCACCAUAUCGGCACCUUUCACACUGGAAACACAUCUGGAGACCACUUAUUCUUAUCUUGAUGUCAUUGGAAGAACUGUUAUGGUUAUAAAAAAGAGGAAUGUGGUGCCCGAGCACAACUCCCCCUUUCAGGUUUACUACGAUUUUAACCCCGUCUUCAUGCUUGCCGAGCCACUGAUAUUGGUAUCCAUAUUUUUCUUAUUUUUCCUGGCUUGCAUAGCCUAUCUUCACGGUGAUAUUUCCAUCCAGAAAUACAAAACAUCCUGAAACUUCUAUGGCAUGGUAGCAGUGGAGUAGGAGGGAGAAAAAAUAGUGGAAUAUCAUCACGGUGAAACCAUCUGUCUUCAGCUUCAAGCAAGUUAACGAUCAAGAAAUAUGAAGUCCGACCCUCUAAUUAUAGGUGAAUCAUCUGGUGAAAGUCUCUUGCAACUCUUUUGCGUGCUAAUAUAGUGUAUUCUCAGUUCAAGCGACUCUCAUCGUGUCUUGUAUACGCAAUUGAAGCUCAUACGCCUUGGGGAAACAUUUGACGUGUUGCUCACCCUGAAAUAUUUGAUGUGAUCACCCUUCCCCAGUAGCAGCUCUUCCGUACUAUGUCUUCUUUUUUUUUUUUUAUUAGGAAAGACAAUUGGUCCGAAGAUCAAUCCCUGUUAGGUUACUAGCAGGCAGGGCACACUAGCUCAGAGGCUGAGUAGAGGAUAAACAACCUAGAAUUAAAUGUUCUAUUUGGUCCCUUUAACACCAACGGUAGAUAGGAACCGAACUGUGAAUUGAACCCUGGGCAAUGUCCUGGAAUUCGGGGUGGUACUCCAAUGAGCUACCACCUCUCUCUCUUCCGUACUAUGCGUUUGAUCUUUAAUUGUCUUGGCGUUAACUAUCAAAAGUUGCAACUUUUUGAAACUCACUAGGAUAUGCUAUAUUUUGAAUAUUCAUACA